AUGGUGGCCCUACCCGAAGGUUGUUGCGCGAUCUGCCGGGCUCGAAAUGAUUGCAAGGCGUACACUUGGACGGAUCACAAUACCGGUACCUGCUGGCUCAAGAGUGGGAAGGGAGCCUUUACGACGAAGACUGGAGCGAGGUCAGCUCGAGUCAGCUCGACGUCACCUACGUGCACGUUGGUGAAUAACGUCGACUACAAUGGCAACGACAUCGGCAACUCGCCCAGCGCUGCGGCGACUGGAUGUUGCGAUAUUUGCCGUGGAAGAACGGGGUGCAGGGUGUUCACUUGGUCGAACUAUAACGGAGGCACCUGCUGGCUAAAAUCACAGCAAGGACCCGGAACGACGGUCGCGGGUGCCGUAUCUGGAACCAUCUAA